UUGUCGUGGCCAAGUUCGCUCCUUGCUGGGGCAGGCUGUGAAAGGGGGUCCUUGGGGAGCGAUGGGACGGUUCCACCGGAAAGGGCCAGAAGCUGCUCGCCCGCCCUUCUUUCGUAGGACCCGAGGAAACAACUCGGAACCUGGAACUUCUUGAACACGUGCAGUAAUGUCACUUCAAAGGAAAGUUAAGAACUCUCAGGCACAAAAGAGGACUUCACAAGGUAGUAAUAGCUAUCAGACUAGACUCUCGGCCUGGAAAGUAAAAGAGGACCUAAGUGACUCAAAGAGCAUCUCGAAACAUGGACAAAACAAUCCAGUGGAAGAUUAUGAACAUGCUGAUGAUCAAGCAGAAGGCGCUCUGCAAAUAGCACUGACAUACUUUGAGAAAGGUCCCGUUAAAACUUCACAGAGUAAAGAUAAAACCUUGGAGAAACACUUGAAAACUGUGGAAAAUGUGGCGUGGAAGAAUGGGUUAGCUCCAGAAGGAAUCGACAUUCUAUUAAAUGUGGCACUCAGUGGCAAAUUUGGGAGUGCUGUAAACACUCGGAUAUUCAAGUGUAUGAUUCCAGCAACUCUAAUAUCAGAAGAUUCUGUGGUUAAGGCGGUCUCUUGGCUUUGUGUUGGCAAGUGUUCUGGUAGCACCAAGGUACUUUUUUAUCGUUGGCUGGUUGCAAUGUUUGACUUCAUUGAUCACAAGGAGGAAAUUAACUUGCUCUAUGGCUUCUUUUUUGCUUCAUUGCAAGAUGAUGCACUGUGCCCUUAUGUCUGCCAUUUGUUGUAUUUACUUACCAAAAAAGAGAAUGUCAAACCAUUUCGUGUGAGAAAACUGCUUGAUCUUCAGGCCAAAAUGGGAAUGCAGCCUCAUCUCCAGGCUUUGUUGUCACUAUAUAAAUUCUUUGUUCCUACUUUGAUUUCUGUAUCUUUGCCUAUGAGGAAGAAGAUCUAUUUUAAGAAUUCAGAGAAUCUGUGGAAGACAGCUCUACUUGCUGUGAGGCAAAGGAAUCAGGGACUUCCUCCAGAACCUCUAAAGUUGAUGUUAGCUAAUGUCCAUCCUGUAAAAAGAAAAUGGAAUUCUCACUCAGUUAUACCAGUGCUAAAUUCCCGUAACUACAGUAAAGAAAGUGGGAAAAAGGGGAUGAAUCUUUCUGAUUAUUUCAGUAGCAAUGGAUCAUUUCCACUGGAACAGCUUAAAAGCUUCCCUCAACUCUUACAGAACAUCCAUUGCUUAGAGCUGCCUUCUCAGAUGGGCGCAGUGCUGAACAACUCUCUGCUACUACACUAUAUUAACUGUGUCAGAGAUGAGUCAGUCUUACUGAGGCUCUAUCACUGGUUGAGUCAAACAUUACAAGAAGAAUGUAUUUGGUACAAGGUGAAUAAUUAUGAACAUGGAAAAGAAUUUCCCAACUUCCUGGACACUAUCCUCAAGGCAGAAUGCUUCUUACAAGAGGGGUUUUAUUCCUGUGAAGCAUUCCUAUAUAAGAGCCUUCCUCUCUGGGAUGGCUUCUGUUGUCGAUCACAGUUCCUUCAACUUGUGAGCUGGAUUCCUUUUAGUAGCUUCUCUGAGGUGAAACCACUUCUUUUUGACCAUCUAUCACGGCUCUUCUUUACAUCAACUAUUUAUUUCAAGUGUAGUGUUCUUCAGUGUCUGAAAGAGCUACUGCAGAAUUGGCUGUUGUGGCUUUCUAUGGACAUCCACAUGAAAUCUGUGAUGAACAGUCCUCUAGAGACAACUUUAGGUGGAUCCAUGAACUCUGUGUCUAAACUGAUUCACUAUGUAGGGUGGCUGUCCACUACUGCAAUGCGCUUGGAAAACAACAGUACUUUCUUGCUGCACUUUAUUUUGGAUUUCUAUGAGAAGGUGUGUGACAUAUAUAUAAAUUAUAACCUUCCAUUGGUGGUGUUGUUUCCUCCUGGGGUCUUCUAUCCUGCACUCCUCAGCCUGGAUUCCAGUAUCCUGAACCAGCUCUGUUACAUUAUGGACAGGUAUCGUAAAAAUUUGACUGCUGCAAAGAAAAAUGAGUUGGUACAAAAGACAAAAUCAGAGUUCAGCUUCAGCAGCAAGACCUAUCAAGAAUUUAAUCACUAUUUGACAGCCAUGGUUGGUUGCCUGUGGACAUCCAAACCUUUCCAGAAAGGAUUAUAUAUUGACCCUGAAGUCUUAGAAAAAGCUUCAGUAGCAGAGUACAAAAACAGUUUAAAUUUAGUCCAUCAUCCUGCUCUUUUGAGUUAUGCUGUUUUCUUUCUGCUACAGGAAUGGCCAAAAGAAAGGAAAGUAAACAUGAGCUCUGUUUGGGGGAAGAAAUGGAACUGGUAUUUGGACUAUUUAUUUUCAGAAGGGUUACAAGGCUUGAAACUUUUCAUAAGAAGCAGUAUUCAUCGUUCUUCUGUCCCCUGAGCAGAGAGCAUAAAUCACCUGAUCAACAUUAAAUGAAUGUUGACAGAAACAAACUGAGCAUAUGGGACUAAAUUCCUUCCUUGUUGCUGGAGAGGUCAAGUGGCUCAACUUGAGUUUCCAUACUCAUUUCACCAACAGACUGCCAUCCUCAGGGAGCGCUUAGACUGGCCUUCUAUCCAUGGAUCAGGAGAGCCUCAGUGUGGCUAAUUUUAUUUUUCAGGAUCUAGAUUCUUUAGCUCAUUAGUGAAAAAUGACUUCAUCAUCAGGCUCUGCCUUCCACCAAAUUAUACAUAAAGAGACAUAUCUGUUAUGUGGUGGGAUUUUUCACAUUCUUGUGGACUAUGAGCUGCAUUUUUGAUGGAAGAGAGCAGGUAAAUAAUAUAUAGUGGCAGUUAAGCUACAGACAUAUUCAUGCAAAAUACUCAGCUGCCUCUGUAAAACCUCUGUGGAUAUUGCCAUUUUUCUUAUUGUGAACAACCACACCAACACCAAGUUAAGAGGAUACAUUUCUAACUCUAAAAGGUGGCUCUAAGUAGUUGGUAGAUUCCUGGGCCUUCACUGGUAGCAGUUUGAUGAGAGAAGGAAGGGAAGAGGAUUGUGGGAUAAUCUACAUUCCUAUUUAUACCAGUUUGAUUUCACAAAACUGCUCUAUUUUGUGUGUGUGCGCAUGUAUGUGUAUGUAUAUAUCCCAUUUUUGAGUGUUUAGGUCCAAAUAAACUAACUGUAACUAUUUUCAGGAAUAAUUCUGAAGCUUUUAAAAAGUUGUAUAAUAGCUAGAGUAUCUUGCUGAAAAUUGACUACAAAAUUUUGCUUCAGCGCUGCUGAAUAACUCUCCCUCUUUUAAUAAAAUUCAUAUCAUUUGAAAGAAAUCAAGCUGAAUUUAUUUUUAUUUUUAAGUGCACAUUGUGGCUCUGUUUUUUUUCCUUUUAAAGCAAAACAGAACCCUAAACUAUAUUAUUGGAUGGUGUUCAAACUAGAAAUACUAUUUAUUCAUUCAUUUUUGAUUUAAUACAUAUUUAUUGAGCUUACUAUGUACCAUGUAUUCUUCUGUGUGCUGGUUAUACAGUAUCUGCUUUUGUGGAAUUUACUACAUUCUAUUGGAGAAGACAGAUAAUACAGAUGUAAACAAAUGUAUAAUAUCAGGUGAAAAAGCAAGGAAUAGGGACAGAAACAAACUGAGCAUACGGGACUAAAUUCUUCCCUCAUUGGUAGAGAGGCCAAGGGGCUCCACUUGAGUUUCCAUACUCAUCACCAAUACACUGCCAUCCUUAGGGAGUGCUUGGAUUGUCUUUCUAUCCAUGGCUCAGGAGAGAGAGCCUCAAUGUGGCUAAUUUUAUUUUUCAGGAUCUAGAUUCUUUAGUCCACUAGGGAAAAAUGACUUCAUCAUCAGACUCUGCCUUCCACCAAAUUAUACAUAAAGAGAUGUACAUGUUUGAGGGGGUUGCUACUUUAGAUAAGAUGGUUAGGGAAGGCCUGUUUGAAGAGGUGACAUAUGCAGAGGCCCUAAUGAAAUAAGUGUAUGAACCAUGUGAAUAUUUGGGGAAAGAGCAUUCUGGGAAGAGGUAAAGGCAAGUAAAAAGGCUUAAAAAUGUUAACUUACUUGGCAUGUUUGAGGAAUAGCAGAGGCCAGUAAGGUUACAACAUAGUGAUUAAGGGAGAAACAUGGUAAGAAAAGAAAUAGGAGAGAAAGCCAGAGAGUAGUUCAUGAAGAUCCUUAUAGCCUGGUAUGGAUACGUAAUGUGAAGCCAUUAGAAGGACUGAGAGCAGAGGAGUGACAUCAUUUUACUUACCUGUAUGGAACUGCAGUGUGAAGGUUAGACUGAAGAGGAUUAAGGGUGAAAGCAGAGAGACCAGUUAGGUUAUUACAGUGUUCCAGGCAAGAGUCUUAGACUAGUGUGGUGGAUGAUGGAGAGUGGGGGGGUAGUUAGAUACUGGACGCAAGCUCUAAAGGUAAAGAAGAUAGGAUCUGCUGAUAGCUUGGAUAUGAGGAGAGAGAAAGGGAGGAGUAAAGGAUGACUCCUAGGUUUUUAACUGAGUAGCUGGGUGAAUUCUGAAACAGAGAUGAGGAACAGAUUUGGAGGAAUGUGGAAUCACGAGUUCUUUUUCAGUCAUGUUAGUUUGGAGAUGCUAAAUAGGCAGUUGGCUAUCCAAAUCUAGAGUUCAGGGUACAAUUUGGUACUGACAAAAUUGAUUUGGGAAUCUUUACUGAAUAGCCAUGACAUUGGAUGAGAUCACUUAGUACAGCUUGAAAAGAAAGUGGCAAAGGACUGAGCCCUGGAGUAUGCCAAUGUUAAGAAGUAGAGGAGAAAAGGAGGAACCAGCAAAAGACUGAGAAGGACCCACCAGUGAGCUUAAAGAAAAGUCAGGAGACUGGUGUGCUGGAAGCCAAGUACAGAAAGUGUUUCAAAAAGGAAGGGUUAUUUAAUGGUGUGGAAUGUAGCCUAUAUACCUGGAUAAAAGAAGCUUUAGCUGCUUUGAAGUAAAUCUGAUAGCUUCCCCAAUGGGUAACUAUUUAGAGAAUUCUCUUUUGUUUUUACAUUUGUACUCCAAAUACCUUCCCAUAUUGUUUUUCAGAACAUGGUAUUUUGAUCCUUAAGAUCAUGUAGAACUUUAAAUUGUGAGAAGGGGUUUGAUUAGUUUUUAUGAAAUUUAACCAGUAACAAUCUUCAGAUCAUGGAAGAAACUUUUCUAAAGUUAAGUUUAUGUUCUGGGAGAAAAAAAAUUUCUCCUUUAGUUUGCCUUUUUUGUUCAAUAAUGAUUCCCUGGGUACCUUUUUGACCAUAUUCUUCUCUUGAUCAAUUUUUUAACCCACUUAAGAUUAGAUAUACAGCUAUGCAAGUAUGCCAAAUCUAGUUAUUUGAAAAAUCUUUUUUGAAGAAUCUUCACGGCAAAGAAAAACAAAAUUUAAAUAAGAAUAGCUAUUUUGUUUCAGUGCCAAACAUGUCUAGAAAAGAAAAGAAAUAGAAAAUGUGGUUUAUUUUCCCAAUUGUACAAAAAGAACACUUUGUUUACCCAGUAUUUGUGUAAAAUUGUUGAUGUUAUAAAUAUUGACUUAAUAUUCAAUAACACUGCUAUUAGAUUUCUAACAUUUUAUUUUUCUUUUUAUCAUAACUUCUCCUUUGGUCUUGGGGACAAUCUGGAAAGAAAAGUAGAUAAGUCUAUGGUGCCUCACAUAACUUUUAUUAACAUAGUAGAAAUUCUCUUUAUAUCAGAUACAUUUUUUUAUCAUAAAAUGGUUUACUAGAUAGAAGAAAAAUUAUUCUCUAAAAUUGGUAUUAUAUUUUUAAGAUUUUUUUUCAAUUGAUACUAUUUUCACUUUGUUUAAAUUAUUAGGUUUUUUAAUAUAGAGAGCCUCUGUUUCUGUCAUGUAAAAAAAAAAUCAGUUUCAAUUAAAGAUGGAUGCUAUGGACUGAAUGUUUGUUUCCCUCAGAUUCAUAUGUUGAAGCCCUAACCCCCAAUGUGAUGGUGUUUGGAGAUGGGGCCUUUGGGAGGUAAUUCAAU